CAAAGCGAACCCCACAACGCCGCCACCCCCACCUCCGUCUGCUCUCACCGACCAGCACAGCGCCGCUUCGCCGGCCGCCGGAUCCAGCAUGCAGCCCUCGUCCUCGUCCUCGUCCUCGUCCGCGCACCCGCCCGACCACCACGACGCAAAGCCCUCGGGCCCCGCCAUGGGCUACCCCGUCCCCAUCGGGAACCCCGCCGCUGCCGCCGUCGCUAACGGCUCUGCUCCGGCGGCCUUCGGCAUCGCGUACCCCUACCCCGCCCCGCCUCAUCACCCGCCGCCGCACCACCACUACCCGUACCCUCCACCGCCGCCGCACCACCACCACCACUACGCAGCCCACCCGCCGCCGCCGCCCAGCUGCCUGCGCCACCUCCUCGCGGCCAUCGUCGGCGCCUUCCUCUUCCUUGGCGCCGCCACCUUCAUCGUCUGGCUCCUGCUCCGCCCACGCGCCCCGGCCUUCGCCGUCACCUCCCUCGCCCUGUCCCGUGUCGCCUACUCCCCUGCCAACUCCUCCCUCUCCGCCUCCUUCGACGCCGCCUUCCUCGCCGCAAACCCCAACAGCAAGCUCUCCGUCGCCUACUUCUCGCCCCUCGCCUCCGUCUUCCUCGCGCCCUCCUCCCCGCUCGCCGUCGCCUCGCUCGCGCCCUUCGGCCAGGGCCCCGGCAAUGCCACCACGCUCGCCUUCCGUCUCGUCGUCGAGGACGCCUACGUCGGGCCCGACGCCGCCGCCGCGCUCAAGACGGGCGCCGUCGACGUCCAGGUCAGGCUCAUGGCCGUCGCCGUCUUCGAUAGAGGGGGGUGGCGGACGAGCCGGAGGGUCAUGAGGGUUAUGUGCGAUGGCGUCAAGGUCGUUUUCCGCGGGAAGAAUUCCACUGAGGCAGCCUUCCAUGGGCCGCCAAGAAGGUGUGAUGUCUUCCUGUGAAGGAGUUUUGAGGACCAUUAUACCGGGUUUGCUGACAACUCUCGAUGCUGAUCGGGGGGAGACUUUUAUUCUAUAGGCACAAGAAGCUAACAGGCACUGCGGGUCGUUUGUUUUGACCGGGAAUAUCCAGCAGUCCAGCUGAGUAACCAUGCUUUUUACCUGACUGUAAUAGAGUAGUGACUAGUGAGUGCGAGAAAGUCUGAAAUGGUUCAUGCUUGGUGGUAGAUUUUAUAUAUAACUAUAUUUAUAUGUACAACUCCAUGUACAUGUAUAUAUAAUUUCUAGUUCACAACAAAUAAUUUAAAAC